ACGAAAAUAACGCUUACAGACUCGGCCGAAGGUGUCGGUUGCCCCCGGGAGCUUCUCAUACGACCCAACGGAUGUGGGUCCGCCAGAGUCCGAGGAAGCCUCGCUGGUCUGCCCUGCAUGAGGCUUCUCAGAGCCAGCUUCAUACCCUCAUAAAGACGACAUGCCUUGCAAGAGCCAUCUGUCAAUGUUGUCUCCGAUCUCCUUGCCAUCGCAAGUCGGUCUUGGACUCGCGAGGCCGUUAGGCGCCGCUGUCGCUUCUUCAAGGUUUUCGACAUCGAGCAAGCUUACGGUGAAGGCAUCUUCGAGCCUACGGCAAGUACCACGAAUGAUACCGAUGAAACCUGAAGAGAACCUCAAGGGUCUCAAUGAGCGAAGGAGCCUGCGGCCCGUUUCACCUCACCUCACAAUUUACAAAUAUCCCAUCAAUAUGUGGAUGAGCGGGAUGAAUCGAGGCACCGGUCUCGUCGCUUCCCUCGGCCUGUACGGAGCCGGACUCGCGUAUCUCGCCUUGCCCCUCUUGGGCGUCGAUGUCACGCAUUUGACACCGUCUCUCGUUGGCUUGGUCAGCGGUCUGUCCCUCUGGUUUAAAUUGACGGCGAAGACCGCUCUUGCAUUUCCCAUCGUUUACCACUCCGUCAACGGCGUGCGCCACCUGGUGUGGGACAAUGUCAAUCUUUUCUCCAUGAAGAGCGCCAAUUCCAGCGGCGUCGUCGUUGCGGUUGUGAGUGCGACUCUCACCGCGGCGGUGGCCGCUUACGGCACUAUUUUGUGAAUUUAUACGGACAAUAGCGGACAAUGAAAUGGCGCCUUUGACCAAUUCAUGCCCGAAUGAGACCAAGUGACAUGUGACGUGAUCAGGAGAGCGGCCAACAAGGAGGAGCUUCUAUUUGAUGACUUCCUCCUCAGCGGUCCACAAAGAAUUAAAAGAAAGGG